GGCCAUUUCAGCCCAUGGUUCGUGUCAAGGGGUCGAGCAGCCCCGGUGUUGCCGCGCACGAAGCCGCGAUGCGCCAGUAUCGAGCGGUCAGGACACUGGCUUACGCGAACGCGAUGCCCCAUGGCACGCUGCCCGAACUCAGCGUCAAGGGCGUCGACUACAUCCUGCAAUGGCCGCUGCCGCAAGGUCAAAUGGCCCAGCUCGUCGCGCGUUAUGCUGUCAAUGGCAGUAUUGUCGUGCCCGCGCCGGACGUCUAUAUCACCAACCAAGAUGCGUGGAAAGACGUUUUUGACGCGUACGUCCUCGAUGUUGUCGACAGCCGACUCGAGAUGACGACAACGGACAUUGCCGUGUGCUUGUCUCAUGCGUGCAUCGACACGAACGGCACUGCGAACGCGCUCACUCCGAGUGCGGAAAGCCUCGAGGACGCGGAGAAUCAUGGCUACAACGUCUUUGGCACCCUCGUGCUCCUGCUGCCGUCGGCGUACAGCGGCGGUGCGCUCACGAUCAGCUACGACGGCAAGUCGACAAGCAUCGAGUUGGGGCCCAUGCACUUUUAGC